AUGGGAGUCGAAGGACUCUUGUGGUAUGUGAAGCAAAAUGCGGAGGAAUUUUGCACGCGCGCUCGUCUGAACAAUUAUUUACCGAGCAAAAGAGGGCCGGACGGAAAAGUGAGAGUCGUUGUUGAUGGCAACAAUUUUGCGUAUGAGGUUUUGCGGCAAUCCAGAGCUCCAGCCUGCUUUGGAAGUGAACCGGCUGUUUAUGAACACAUAAUUCAUCACAGAUUCCUCAAAUAUCACCUAAAAUGUUGCGACGAGAUCAUUUUCGUGAUGGGCUAUUCGAGUGCUCCAGGUAGCGAUUGCUGGACAAAGAAAAGGGCGAAUGAGCACGAAAGCGCUAUGAAAUUUUUCGAACGACUUCGUAAUGGAGAACUUCCUCAUAGUCAGGGAAAUAUUGGAAAUGAUGGUCACAGGAGAUACGAUAACUUGAAGGUGUCCCCGCCGUGGAUUGUUCAUCAAAUCAUGGAAAUAGUUGAGAAGGACCCAAGAGUGCAGGUUUAUCAAGCUGAGUGUGACAAAGACUUUGCGAUCAUGGAUUUGGCAGUGGAUCUUGGGUGUCCGAUUAUGAGCAAUGACUCGGAUUUUCUACUUUUUGCGGCGCAGCCCGUUAUCAAAAUGGGCGAUUGGCGAGGAGCAGCUGACAUUAUCAGCGAUUAUUGGUACAGUUCACAAGAUGUCAAGCUUCAGUUCUAUCACCUGCCUCUUGUAUCGGUUCUUUGCUUCAACAGAGAAUGUGAAAUCACAGAAGAAGAGCUUAGACCCUUCUGGUACGCGUUGAUCGGAAAAGCGGAAUUUGAGCAUUCGAAGAAACCGAAUGUAAUUCCCGAGGUGAUCAGAUGGAUUGUCCAGACUUUUGAAGAAGAAGAUUUUAUGAGCUCGAUCGAAGAAAUCUGUGAAAUACUCGACGAAAUGGCGCUGAUGUCAGAUGAGUUGAAAAACCACGAUGGAGCGUAUUUUGGAGCGAAUAAAGGCCGGGAAUCAAGGAAGAGAAGACUCGUCAGAAGCCUCCAGCGAUUCAUGGUUACCGGAAAGACCUAUCCUUGGGAAAACGAUGAGUAUUUCAAAUUGAUGCAAAAAAGCACGCGUGUCGUCACUGAUGGCCAUCCACUUCUGCGCGCUGCGAGAGAUACAGAAGCUUUUUCGAUACUGCCGAGUAAGGUGAAAGAAGUUCUGUCUGCGAAUCGACAAAAAAUGCUCUGCUCCUCACUGCCUGCUCCAAUUUUUACAGAGCCGAUCUUCCAACUCUACAAUUCUUGCCAUCCUGCUACUGCCGAUGAUUACGAUGCGCAUAAAACAACAAUGAAUUAUCAUUACGAACGGGAGGAUCUUCCUGUAGUCUCGAACCUGCUUCUGAGCUAUCUACGCAGGGAACUCGUGAUCCUCGGUCUCGAUGAUGCUAAAUAUGCUCGAUUCAAGCCAAAAAUGCCCGUAGAAUCAAGUUACGCAAAAGACGAAGAGUUCAAUUUUCUCAAUGGAGAAAAAGUCCCUACUCUUGACGUUCUCUUCAAAGCUUCAAGAGAUCAAAAAGUUCGAGCAUUUCUGGCCCUUUUUGACUCCGAGAUACUAACCUACAUCAACAAGGAUUUCGACAAAAUGCCUCCUUUCUGGGGCGUGUUUUUGGCCAGCCUGCGCUAUCUCUGGGUCAAUGCAGGUCUCAAGGAAUGGGAACUGAAUGCUUUCGUAGCGCAGUUUGCUCUUUGCGGACUUUUCACGGCGGCGGACAAGAAUUUUUAUCGGCUAAAGUGGCUUUUUGUCGGAGGGGAUGGAGACUACCAAUUCGACCUUCCUGCGUGCGAGCGAAGCAUUACCCUUGCUAACCAGUUUGUUGCGGUGUAUUAUGCAGUCAUGCGAGCUCAGGCAAUAACAGGCACUCCUUUCUAUUCUACGACCGAAGUGAAGCCGAAUUUAUUGGACAUUUUUUCCGGUUCUCUUUUUGCCCUCCUCUACAACAUGUUCAAGGAAGAUCCUCGAAUCUCUGAAGACAAAAUGAAUCUGCUAAAAAGAAUCACUGAUGAUCAAUGGUUUGGAAUGCAAGACGAAGAAAAUGCAGGCUCAGACCAAGUUUUCGAAUGCUACAAAAAUGCUGUUGAAAAUUAUUUCAACGUUAUCGACUUUUAUAUUUCCCCAAUGCGAAAUUUCGACCACCGGGUUGCCAAAAAAGGGCUUCAGAUGGCGCUGGAGGAAAAUGCUUUUUGA